ACCUGAGGAAUAUUUGGAGGUUCAACUCAAACUAGAGAGGAUACAGAAAGCAGUACAGGCCUGAAAACAACAAAGAGCAACACAGGAUCAAGGAGAUAAAAAGAAAGAAAGCUUGAGCAAGGACAGAAAUCUAAGACCAAACACAAAAAGGCCAAACAGUAAUUACGUGAAUGACGAGGGAAAGGGAUAUUGGAGAAAUGAGGCUUCUAAGAAGAAACACAGGAGAUAAAACCUUCAUAGUUUUAUCACAGAGGAAGAGGCCGAGCGAGAAGAAGGCGGUGGUGAUCGGCAUCACAGAAAACAUCGAGAUGGUGCUGUUUUCUUCCAUGGAGCACUGUGUUAUUACAUUAACGCAGGAAGAGGAAGAAGUCAGCUUUGUCCAAGCACACCCGGAGCAUCCUCUGGUCCCUGACUGUGAGGAGGAACACGGGCCUCAGGUUGAGACUGCAACCAGGCUGCAGACCCAGCCCAAAACAGAGCCUCACACUGAGACAGAGCCUGAGAACGCCCCCCCUCCCCUAGGAUUAAUGGAGGAUAUUAAAAUGGAGAUGAAGGUGCUUCCUCCCUUCAGAUUGUCUGACAAGGAAUUAUUGGAUACAAAAGCAAUUGAUCCUUCAAUUAUGGCCAUGCCCUCUCCGAACAAAGCCACCCGUCUCAAGUGGAAAAGACUGUCUCUGCAGAUGACCGGACUGGCGGUCAAAGAUGUGGUCUGUCUACACAGAGGACGCUACGUGGCACAGCUCGAGAGACACACUGUUCCUCGAAGCAAAGAACGUGCAGCUCUAACGGCUAUGGGAUUGACUGCUCGCAUCACCAUAGAUCACAGCUGGUUGGCCAAUCAGAUGCAGUGUCGGCUGGCGAUGCUCUUCAGGGGAAAGUUUGCGACGCGGGCGGGACAAAGAUUCUCCUUCACAUAUUUACAGUGUGUACCAGGCUCUAGGGUACUGUAUGUCCCAGACACUCCUGCGGAGGGCUGGACUGGAGAGCAGGUGCUCAGGACUUCUGGACAUGGUGCUUUAUACAUCCUCAGCCACCAGGAAUACCCACAGGCAGGAUCUGAGGAGUCAACCAUCAAGACACCUAUUUUGAACAGGAAGGAGUUUUGUCCAGAGGCCAACACAGAGGGCAGAGGCAUUGAGCUCAUACACACCCGGCCUGUUGUUCCGACAAUCACAGAGGAGUCCUCCCUCGAUCUGGACGCCCUCCUGAGAGUGUUCAAACAGGAGAACAUGGAUGGAGACGUGGUGACCUACAUCCAGGUGAGGAGGAGAGACCUUCUCCACAGUGCUCUGAAGGUGGUGAGGAGGCCUGGCUUCUGUUUCAGUAUGACACCCAUCAUUGCCUUCAGCGAAGAGGAGACUGACGCCCACGAGGGACCUCUCAGAGAGUUUUUCAGCUUGACUUUGCUGGAGCUACAGCGAAGUUCUGUAUUUGAGGGUCUUCCAGGGCGUCUGUUCUUCACCUAUGACCUCGCAGCUCUUAAAGACAGGAAGUAUUACGAAGCAGGCGUUCUGAUUGGCUGGUCUCUGGCUCAUGGCGGGCCUGGACCCCGUUGUCUACACCCUGUGCUCUUCCAGUUGAUGUGUGGCCAGAAUCCAUCUUUGGAGGACUUCAGCUGGAGAGACGUUGUUGACGCUGAAGCACGGACCCGACUGCAACAGCUGCAAAGCUGUACUGAUGUGAGGCUGCUUUCUCUCAGUCUGUGUGACUGGGUAUCAACAUGUGGGAUCCCGGGAGUAUAUUCGGCCCACUCUGAUGAAAUACCAUCCAUCUAUAUCCGCCUGGUCAAACAUUACAUCUACCACAGGGUGGCCUGUAUGAUCUCCCAGUUCACAGAGGGGAUGAACAGCUGUGGUGGUUUUUGGGGUACGGUGCAGUCCCACUGGGAGGAGUUUGUGCCAGUGAUGACCAGCGCACAGCGUCAGCCUCUGAUGCUAGAAGAGUUCAAAAAGCUCAUCAACAUCUGCUACAGCCGUGCAGACAGCCAGCUGAGGGCGGCCGAGGAGGAAACGGCGCGACACUGGGAGAAAGUUCUCACUUUGGUCAGCGAUGGCCAGGCAGAAUGUUCCUUUGAAGACCUCCUCACCUUCAUCACUGGAACCGAUCAUCUGCCUCCUCUUGGGUUCCCCAGAUUGAUCUCCCUGUGUUUUUUCUCCCAGGAUGUGAGCAUGUCAGGUGUGUGUCUGCCUCACGCCUCCACCUGCGCUCUGGAGUUCUUUCUGCCAAGGGGAAUAUCCGCGGCUGCAGACCUGAUGGUGAUGCUGAGCAGAGCCAUGCACGUGGCCCUUGGCUUUAAACGUUUUCAGAUUGAGUGAGAUGGAGAAGGCAGCUUCAGUCUACUGCAAAAUGAACGGCUGUCUGGAUACUUGAGGUCCUGCUGAGACUGCAUAAUAUGAAAAAAGUGACUAAAUAGAAAGCCAGCCCACAGUUUGGCGAAUGAUAUUGGUCUAUGAACAAUUUGUCACUAUAACUCAUGUGGCCCAUUGCAGGAGUGUAGACAGAAUUAUUUUGAGUUACAUUUAUAAUAGCUGCUGUGCACAUUAUUAAAUUAGUGUUGUGGGAACAAUGAGUCUUUUUAGAAGAGUUGGGAACAGUUUAAGAGUUCUUGCUAGUAGUAGAUCAGAUAUGAUGUGUUGAUAUACUGCAUGCUGUCAGUUGUUAAUGCAAAUACAGUAAAGUGAACUUGCAUGCUAUAUAUUAAUGUUAGCAUCAAAGAUUCACAUUUCCAAAACAAUCUAUUUGGGCCCGGGGGGCAAUUUGAAGCACCAUUUAAGAGUAGGACAUUCAAAUAAAACAACAAUAUAGAACACAUUUUUUUAUUUUUCCAAUUAAGAUAAUAAUAAUGUUUUGUUUAAAUAUUUUAAAACCUCUCUAAUGAACUGUAGAUACAUAUUUCAAAAUCAUGCAACAGAAUGCGUCUCUUUGACAUCUUAGAAAAUGGCUCGUUUGAAUACUUCACACACUGUUUAUGUCUCUACUGAUUUUUAAGAAAAUGUUUUAAUUUGUUAAUAUGAAUAAAUGUAACUUUAAAUAUGAUGUCAUUUUGUAUUUCCACAUGUCUUAAGCUAAAAAUAAUAUCUAUUGUGUUUCCUUUGAAAAUGUUAUGUUAUAAAUGAUUCAUUAAAGAACACAGAAAAACAAAGAAUGGGGACUUC